CGGAUGUUCCAAAACACCAUUCAUCACCACAUAUUGCUGAAACGACACCAGCAUCAAAACAAAACACUGUCCUGACCUCUGUGCAUGCAGGAUUAUAGUGAUGGACGAUUUACAUAUAGUACUCAGUCAUCCUCAAUAAUGCAACAUUGAUCAUAUUUUUCAUUUGAUGAGCAACUGGUUGUGCACAAAAAGAAUGAAAGCUGCCUCCAGGAGAAUCCCUUUCCUUGUUUCUUGUGGUGAGAGGAAGAUUACAACUGAUAUUCGUUGAUGGGAAACUUGUUCAUGCGCACAAAAAGAAUGAAAGCAACCGCCUUGUUUCUUUUGCUUGCACCACUGUUACUGGUUCUUGGCUCGUUUUAUGCAGUUGCUGCUGGAGAUAACAACAAUGACGAUGAGCAUGGACGAUGCACUGGUUCGAUUUUAGAAUGUGGGGUCGAAAUGGCUGAUCAUGAAGAGUUAAUGGAGAAGGAAUAUUCAAGCACAAACACAAGGUUUGUUGCAGCACAGAUCAAAUACAUAAUUCCAGAUGUUUUCAGGGCCGAUCAGCCUGCCUGUGGCAAAGUAACAAGAGGUGAUUCCUACAGGAAAAGUUGCCUGCCUCCACCUUCCAACCCUCAGAACAGAGGCUGCUCCAGCUACUACAGGUGCAGGAGGUGACCUACUUGGUUUUUUCUCUUUAUAAUUUGUCUUGUAGUUUUCAUUCGAGCCAUUAUAUUUGCAAGUUGGUGUGGAUGAUAUAUUCUUCACACCGUUGACACAACAUGAUUUAAUUUAUAAAAAAUUAAAUUAAAUUAAAUUAAAUCAUGUUAUGUCAAUGGUAUAGAUCAGUAUAUCUUAUACAUUGACUUGUAAGUAGAAAAACAAUUUGCAUAUCAAUUCCUCUUCACAUGAAUCCAAUCCUUGGCAAUUCU